ACUGUUUCUUUCUUCAUUCUGCACACAGCUCCUCGCCGGCAUUUUACUUUAACAGGCUCUUAACUGUGUUAUUUUAAAAUCAUACCCAUAGAAAUGAGUGGGGGCCAUUCCCACAACGAUUCCCAGAUCGACUCGGGAUCCAGAUAUAAUGAUUCUCACAAACAUAAAGAUAAAUACAAGGACAAAGAACACAAACAUAAGGACCACAAGAAAGACAAAGAACGUGAGAAAUCGAAGCACAGCAACAGUGACCACAGGGAUUCCUCGGAUAAAAAACACAGAGAUAAAGAUAAAGAGAGACUGAAGCUCAAAGAUGGAUCCUCAGACAAGCAGAAGGACAAAUACAAAGACAGGAAGGAGGAAAGGUCUCUAGAUGGCAAGCCCAAGAAAGAAAAAGAGAAUGGAUUUGCAAGCCCUCAUAUUAAAUCUGAACCUGAGAAUGAUGACUUCUACCACUCUCCCAAACAUGAAAAGUCCCUGAAGAGAGAGCGUGAUGACAAUGAUGUCGAGUUCAAGCCCAAAAAAAUUAAAACAGAGGAUGUCAAAAGUGAAAAAAAGGCAAAGAAAAGGAAACAGGAAGAAGAGGACAUAAAGCCCAAAAAGAAAACAAAAGACAAGAAAGGAGAAGUUGCUACAGAUGGCAAGAAAAAAGCAAAGAAGGAGCCAGAGGAGAAGUGGAAAUGGUGGGAGGAGGAGAGGUACACAGAUGGUGUGAAAUGGAAGUUUCUGGAACACAAAGGGCCUGUCUUUGCUCCACCAUAUGAGCCUCUUCCCAGCAAAGUCAAGUUCUAUUAUGGCGGAAAGCAUAUGAAACUCAGCCUUGAUGCAGAAGAGGUGGCAACCUUUUUCGCUAAAAUGUUGGACCAUGAAUACACCACUAAGGACAUAUUUAGGAAAAACUUCUUCAAAGAUUGGAGGAAGGAAAUGACAUCUGAAGAGAAAUCCAUUAUCACAGACCUGAAUAAGUGUGACUUUACUGAAAUGAGUGAAUAUUUCAAAGUUCAAUCUGAAGCCAGGAAGGCCAUGACAAAAGAAGAAAAACAAAAAAUUAAAGAGGAAAACGAGCGCCUUCUUCAGGAGUAUGGCUUCUGUGUCAUGGACAAUCACAAAGAGCGUAUUGCCAACUUCCGUAUUGAGCCUCCUGGCUUGUUCCGUGGCAGAGGUGACCAUCCCAAAAUGGGCAUGCUGAAGCGUCGUAUCCGACCCGAGGACAUUAUCAUUAACUGCAGCAAGGACUCCAAAAUUCCUAAACCACCUUCUGGGACAAAGUGGAAGGAGGUGCGCCAUGAUAACAAAGUGACGUGGCUGGUGUCCUGGACUGAGAAUAUCCAAGGCUCUAUCAAAUACAUCAUGCUGAACCCAAGCUCAAGAAUCAAGGGUGAGAAGGACUGGCAGAAGUACGAGACAGCCCGUCGGUUGAAGAAGUGUGUGGCUCGGAUCCGUGCGCAGUACAGAGAGGACUGGAAAUCAAAAGAGAUGAGGAUCCGUCAGAGAGCUGUAGCUCUUUACUUCAUUGACAAGCUGGCUCUGAGAGCGGGUAACGAGAAGGAGGAAGGAGAGACGGCUGACACAGUGGGCUGCUGCUCACUUAGAGUGGAACAUCUAUCUCUUCAUCAGGAGAUGGACGGCCAGGAGUACGUGGUGGAGUUUGACUUCCUCGGUAAAGAUUCCAUUCGAUACUACAACAAGGUCCCUGUAGAGAAGAGGGUUUUCAAGAAUCUCCAGCUCUUCAUGGAGGACAAGGAGCCAGAGGAUGACCUCUUCGACCGCCUCAAUACCUCUAUUUUGAACAAGCAUCUUCAGGAGUUGAUGGACGGUCUUACGGCAAAAGUGUUCCGAACUUACAAUGCCUCCAUCACGCUACAGCAACAGCUGAAUGAACUCACAAAUUCUGAAGACAACGUUCCUGCGAAGAUCCUGUCCUACAAUCGGGCUAAUCGAGCAGUAGCCAUCCUGUGUAACCACCAGAGGGCACCACCCAAGACAUUUGAGAAGUCCAUGCAAAAUCUUCAGUCAAAGAUUGACGCAAAGAAGGACCAGCUUGCUGAUGCUAAAAGAGAGCUGAAAAGUGCCAAGGCAGAUGCCAAAGUACGCAGAGAUGAGAAAUCCAAGAAGGCUGUGGAGACCAAGAAAAAAGCAGUACAAAGGGCCGAGGAACAGCUGAUGAAGUUGGAAGUACAGGCUACAGACCGGGAGGAGAACAAGCAAAUUGCCCUGGGUACCUCCAAACUCAACUACCUGGACCCACGUAUUUCAGUAGCCUGGUGCAAGAAGUUUGAAAUCCCAAUAGAGAAGAUCUACAACAAAACUCAGCGUGAGAAAUUUGCCUGGGCUAUUGACAUGGCUGACAAAGACUUUGAAUUUUAAAUCAUUCUUGCGAUUUUAUUUUAUUUUUAUUUUUAAUUCUCCCUCCACCUCAUCCUUUAUUUUUAAUAGAUACUUUUAGACUAAGUGAUUUCCAGCAGGUGGUGACCUGACAAGGGAAUAGAUGUGAAGCAAGCAUAAGUGUCGAGAGGAGGACAUGCAUGUCAUGAUUUGGGUGACUGUUUUUAGGCCAUGACCGGGUAAUCUUGCAGGUUCUGUUGGCUCGAUGUUUUUAAGAAUGAAGUAUGGAGGGCCUUUACACAAGGUUACAUGGUUUUGAGCCAGGAACUGGAGAAUCAGUGGCCUGACCUUUUGAACACUUUUACUGUCUCACUAGCCCCCCCACCCACCCACCCCUCCAUCUCUGGACAGAGGGGCCUAAGGAUAUUUAAACUAUGAACUAUGUGGUCCUUUAGCAACUGUAUUCAACUACAAAUUGCUUUGUGGAUCGUUUUAAUUUAGUUUUGCUGUAUUUUUAGCCCUCCUGUAUUAAUAAUGAAUUCUAUAUUUUAAUAGAAGAUUAAAAAAAAAAUUUAAAAUACUCGCUUGAGUGCAUCCACACGCCUUUUUAGGAUAUGAAAUGUGUACACCAGGUAUGAUUAUUUUAUGGGAUAUAUGACCAUGAAAAGCUGCGUAUUUGAGUGAGUGUGUUACAUGAACUGUUCACUUAAGCUGGAGUUGAAACUGUAAACAAUAUCCAAACCAGAAAGUAGGAUGCUUAGAUGAGAUACAGGGGACUACAGCUUCAACCGUGACCAUAUUUCCUUAAACAGGCAGAAUGUGAAUCUUUUUCUUUUUUUUACAGCAUAUAUAUAUAUAUCUCAAGGUCUUGUUUCCAGUGUAAUUGUGAACCAAUAUUUUUUCCUUUGUCUCCAGUAUCCUACAGAUUGUGUCUACAUAGCUUUGAGUCUCCAUCUUGUUUUAACUUAAUGUGUAAUGACUGUUUCCAUAAGAAAAAGAAAAACUCCUGUAUCUGUUACUUGAAGAUAUCACUAUUAGGAUGUAUUGUUUCAGGGUAUGGCGACAGGUUUUACAAUUUUCCUAGAGGGUGUGUGGGGGAAAUCCACUUUGCCAAAAAUAAGUCCUGUGUUAUGAUUUAAAGCAAUUUUAUUUUUUAUUUGCGUCAAGAUUAAGGAUAGAAUUUACUUGAACAGGGACUUUGACAUGGAAUAUCUAUUCUUCUGUUUUACCACUCCAUUCUGGAAAGAAAUGUUCGUAGUGGCAGCCAUGUAACCUGUCCCAACUUAUGCUCAUGCCAUAACCUCUGAUCAUGUGUUUUUCUUUAUUUUUGCUCAAUUGUAGGUUAUUUAAAAAUAAAACCCUACAACAUAAA